GGGGGGCCAGUGCUGGGAACGGAAUGGGGGCGGGCCCGCGGUGGAGUGGGGGCUCCUGGGCUCCCGAGUUCCAAGCCGGCUCCGACGCCGGCUCCCUCGGCAGGUCCCCGCUGACGUCGCCGCCCAGAUGGCCUCCAGGCUGACCCCGCUGACCCUCCUGCUGCUGCUGCUGGCUCGGGAUGGAGCCUCCUCAGAUCUGGAUGAUACCAGCCACAGACCCAUGAAGAGCUUACAAGAGAGAAAGAUAGAAGACAAUGCAGAAGCAGAUAUCCCCAGAAAUCUAACCAUUCAACACACUGUGAACUCGUCUGCCUUGCUAACAACCACCCAACCUACCACUCAACCUACCACUCAACCCACCUCUCAACCCACCUCUCAACCCACCUCUCAACCCACCUCUCAACCCACCUCCCAACCCACCUCCCAACCCACCUCCCAACCCACCUCCCAACCCACAACCCAACCAACUACCCAGCCCCCCACAGAUUCUCCCACCCAGCCCCCUACUGAGCCCUUCUGCCCAGAGCCCAUCACUUCCUGUUCUGAUUUGGAGAUUAAUGCAGCGGAGGAUAUGUUGGCAGAGGCUUUGACAGAUUUCUCCUUGAAGCUCCACCGCGCCUUCUCAGAGGUGAAGAAGGCUGAGACCAACAUGGCCUUUUCCCCGUUCAGCAUUGCCAGCCUCCUCACUCAGGUCCUGCUUGGGGCUGGGGACAGCACCAAGAGAAACCUGGAGAGCGUCCUCUCUUACCCCAAGGACUUUCCCUGUGUCCACCAGGCCCUGAAGGCCUUCACCUCCAAAGGUGUCACUUCAGCCUCUCAGAUCUUCCACACCCCAGACCUGGCCAUAAGAGAUGCCUUUGUGAAUGCCUCUCAGAGCCUGUAUGGCAGCAGCCCCAGAGUCCUGAGCAACAACAGCGAUGCCAACCUAGAGCUCAUCAAUACCUGGGUGGCUAAGAAGACCAACAACAAGAUCAGCCAGCUGCUGGACAGCCUGCCCUCCGACACUCGCCUUGUCCUUCUCAACGCUAUCUACCUGAGUGCCAAGUGGAAGACAACAUUUGAUCAUAAAAAAACCAGGAUGGAGCCCUUUUACUUCAAAUCCUCUGAGAUAAAAGUACCCAUGAUGACUAGCAAGAAGUACCCUGUGGCCCAUUUCACCGACCCGACUUUGAAGGCCAAGGUGGGGCGGCUGCAGCUCUCCCACAACCUGAGCUUGGUGAUCCUAGUUCCCCAGCAUGUGAAACACCGCCUUGAAGACAUGGAGAAAGCCCUUAACCCCACCGUCUUCAAGGCCGUUUUGAGGAAGCUGGAGAUGAUCAAGUUCCAGCCUACUCUUCUGAUGAUCCCCCGUGUCAAAGUGAAGAGCAACCAGGACAUGCUGGGAAUCAUGGAGAAGAUGGAAUUCUUUGACUUUAUUUUCGACCUCAACCUGUGCGGGCUGACGAAGGAACAAGAUCUUCAGGUGUCAGCGAUGCAGCACCAGACCAUGCUGGAGCUGACGGAGUCGGGGGUGGAGGCAGCUGCAGCCUCCAGCAUCUCUGUGGCCCGCACCUUGAUGAUCUUUGAAGUGACACAGCCCUUCCUCUUCGUGCUCUGGGACCAGCAACACAGGUUCCCGGUCUUCAUGGGCCGGGUGUAUGACCCCCGGGCCUGAGACCUUCAGGGAGCCAAGUUAAGAGCCCUGCCCUUCAAGCCUCAGCUCCGCUGCUACCUGGACUUGCCCCCAGCUGCCUCCCGCCUCUGGUGUCAUCUGUCCGCCACGUGAAGGGCUCUCUCAGGUCUGGUGAAGGGACCUGCUUCUGUCAUUCCCUCGCCAAGGCUAUGUCACGCUCACCAAACCAUUCUGCAGCUUUUUCUGGUUCAGGUUCACCAAACUAUAAAUAAAACCUGGCAGACCAUGGCUUCCUCUCAU